GCCGGCGGGCGGUCACGUGGCGGAGCAGCAAGAUGGCGGCGCGCGGAGUGUGACCGAGGAGCCCCCAGAGCCCGCAGCGUGCCCGGCCCCGUGCGCGCCAUGGUGACGGAGCAGGAGGUGGAGGCCAUCGGCCGCACGCUGGUGGACGCGGCGCAGCCGCUGCCCGCCCGGUUCCGGGCCCUCUUCACCCUGCGGAACCUGGGCGGCCGCGCGGCCGUGGAGUGGAUCAGCCGCGCCUUCGGGGACGGCUCGGCGCUGCUGAAGCACGAGCUGGCCUAUUGCCUGGGCCAGAUGCAGGACGAGGCGGCCAUCCCCGUGCUCAUCCGCGUGCUGGAGGACACGGCCCAGGAGCCCAUGGUCCGGCACGAGGCAGGUGAAGCCCUGGGUGCUAUUGGGAACCCUGACGUGCUGGAUAUCCUGAAGCGCUAUUCCCAGGAUCCUGUGGUCGAGGUGGCAGAGACGUGUCAGCUGGCCGUGAGGAGGCUGGAGUGGCUGCAGAGCAACAAGGAGAGGCCAGGCAGCAGCCCGUACCUGUCCGUGGAUCCUGCUCCCCCCGCUGAGGAGACGGAUGUGGCCAAGCUCCGGGAGAUCCUCCUGGAUGAGUCCCAGGAGCUGUUUGAGCGCUACCGGGCCAUGUUUGCUCUGCGC